CCCCCUAUAUUCAUUAUACAUAUUGAUGAUCUUUACAUUAUCUUAGGAGUCACAUAGAGAUGGAGAAGAGACUCAAGGUGUGGGUCUACAAGGAAGGCCAGCUCCCGUUGUUCCACGGCGGUCCAUUGAAAGACAUCUACGGCAUUGAGGGGCAGUUCCUCGACGAGUUGGAGGGCGGAAAGAGCCCCUUCAUAGCUCACCAUCCUGAUGAGGCACAUGUAUUCAUGGUUCCCGUUAGCAUCAGCAACAUCAUCCGCUACAUUUACAUGCCCAUCGUCACCUAUUCUCGCGACAAGCUACAACGCAUUGUCACAGAUUAUAUCACUGUCGUUGCAGAGAAGUAUCCUUAUUGGAACAGAAGCGGCGGAGCUGACCAUUUUUUAGUCUCUUGCCAUGAUUGGGUACCCGAUGUUUCAGGUUUGAAUCCUGAGUUUUACACUAGGGUACUCUGCAAUGCUAAUACAUCAGAAGGGUUUCAGCCCAAGGGAGACGUUUCAAUACCGGAAAUCAAAGUUCCCCCUAACAAGCUCAGAUCGCCCCACCAAGAUAUUCCCCCAAGUAAACGUUUCAUCCUCGCUUUUUUCGCUGGUGGUGCUCAUGGUCACAUAAGAAAAAUCUUGUUUGAGCACUGGAAAGAAAAAGACAUCGAAGUUCAGGUGUACGGGUACCUUAGUACAGAGAUAGACUACUUCACACUAAUGGCUCGGAGCAGGUUUUGCUUGUGCCCGAGCGGCUAUGAAGUGGCGAGUCCUAGAGUGGUGUCAGCGAUUGUAACGGGAUGCGUUCCUGUAAUUAUUUCUGAUUAUUACGCACUGCCCUUUAGUGAUGUUCUUCGCUGGGAUAAGUUCUCCAUUCAUAUCCCGUCUGCCAAGAUACCGGAGAUUAAGACAAUAUUGAAAAGGAUACCAAUGAAAAAGUACUUGAAAAUGCGGGAGAGGGUAAAGCAAGUUCAGAGGCAUUUCAUCAUAAACAGGCCAGCACAGCCGUUUGACAUGUUUCAUAUGAUUCUUCAUUCUGUGUGGCUGAGGAGGAUAAGUUUCAGGCUGCCAUCUUUAUGAUAUGUUGGCAAAAAGAAACACAAUGUAUUACUAGCCGUCCCUCCCGCUCCAUGAUUUAGCCUUGAAAAUAAUUCUCAGCUUAUCGUAAUUAUGGUUAAAAGUUAGCAAUGGAUUUUUCAACUUUUGUAACUAAGAAUCGAGCCUUAUAGCUUUAAUUUUUGUAUUUGCAGCCGUUACUUUUAGUCAUGACAUUACAUUGGUGUAGCAAAUUAUGGUAAAAUUCUUUUGCUAUAGAUAUUAAUAUCCAUAGUAGUUAACUUGAAGCUGAUUAGUGACCUUAUAAACAAAUGAUUAGUAACGGAUGAAUCCUACUGUAGCAAUAAACUAUAGUAAUUUAA